GCCGGGUAGAUAAUAAAACACCCACCUUCUGGCCGAGUAAAUGCUGUUAUGGAUUUACAAAUUUUAACAGAUCUACCAAGACGUUAACCUAUAAGAGAAAACUUCUAUAAUUAUGUGACAUUUGAUGGAUGUGUAUGUUAAAGUGUUGUUGUUCGUUGUCUGUGGACGAUCUGACAUUGUAAACAAGGUGAGUGACUAUACGUGACUACAAAUGUACUGUGGUUCCUUUACAUACAUUUAUAGUCUACAACAUAAUUACCCCGACGGGUAAAAACCACAACCGCCAACCACUGGAUUUUGUGAAAGAAAGAUUCUAGUGGACACUCAGGAUUUUGUGAAUACUCAAGACUUUUAUUCCUUAUAUGGAAAUAAAUAUUUCCUUGUGAUUUUUUUUAUUAGUGUUAGAUACAAUGUAAACAGCUGUACAACAAACUGCUUCACUGUGAAAUCAACUUACUAUAGUAAAAAAAACUUCAAAGGUUUUGCAUCAUUUUAUCAAAAUGGCCACAUCCCUUUUCAAAGCUCAGAUUCCUUUUCGUAUCAAAGGUCAAUUCACCUGUACACACCACAAAGGGGGCCAACUGGACCUAUACUGUGAAGAAUGUCAAAUUCCUGUUUGCAUCAAGUGUGUAUCUACUGUACAUAAAAGUCACCCUUUGUGUGACCUUAGUGAAAUUAUUCAUCAAACUAAACAGGAUGUUCAAAGCUUUAUAGACAAAACUGAGAAAGUUGACCUCGUACAAAUCGACCAGUACAUCACAUCUACUGACAAACACUUAAAGGACAAUACCAGCAACUUUGACAAACUUUCACACCAUUUAAAGACACAAACCAACAAACUAAAAGAAGAUUUGGACCAAUUAACAGCACAGACUUUGUCUCUCUAUCAACAAAUGGAAGAGGACAAUACCAAGCUACUACAGACUUACAAACAGGACCUAGAAGUGUACGACGCUAAGCUAAAAAAACAAGUGCAAGAAUGUAAGAUAGCACUUCAACGUGGCUCUGACAUACAAAUCUACGACACAGGGUGCGAGAUUCAAUCAGCAUUAACUCUCCCUGCAGAACCUACUCUAUGUACUGCCAGCUUCACACCUAACCAAAAUCCUGAGGUUCACCUGAAACAAGCUUUGGGAGAAGUCAACACCUCCUGUCACUGCCAGGGUCAAGCUUCACCAGGUCAUGAUAUGUCAGUUGGAUCAUCUACUGGACAAGGAUCAACCUCUACACAACAAAACUCCACAGGAAGAAAGAAAGUGAAAAGUCCAGUAUAUAGACUGUUGCCUCAGACCAAGGUGUUGGGGAAUUGGACGUCUCCAUGUUACAUCACUUCUGUAUGUCCAACCAUUGAUGGUCAGGUGUGGACUAGUGCCUGUGACGAUAUCACCUUAAAUCUUCUGGAUAGGAAGGGCAAAGUAAUACAGAAGAUUAAACACAAUACUGGGAUCACAGAAAUAAGUCUUUCACCCACAACCAACACACUGUGGGUCUGUGACUUGGACAACAACAUCACAGAGCUCGUGUCAGGACGACUAGUACACAGAUUCGGAACCAGGGAGGAACCACGGUGUAUCUGUAUCACAGCUAGUAACCAUGUCAUUGUGGGGAUGAACAAAAAAAUUUCGAAAUUCACCACAGAAGGUACAUUAUUACAUACUACAUCAGCUGCAGGUACAGGGAAACCAUUUGUGUGUACACCAUACAGGAUCUCAGAGUGUCCUGUCACUCAUAAUGUCGCAGUGGCUGAUUUGGGUAAUACACUUCAUGGUGGUGAGGGGAAACCACGGGUUGUUGUCAUAGACACAGAUUUCAAGAAACUAUUUGAAUAUGAUGGUAAAGUCCCACAUACAUAUCAACCAACAUCACAGUCAGGAAGUAAACGAUUUACCCCCUGGGGUGUGGUGUAUGACAGUGUGGGUAACCUAGUCAUAGGGGAUUGUAGCAACAACCGUAUCAUACUCAUCAAUGGGUGUGGUGAGUUCCUCAGGAUCAUACACACAUAUGACUACUUUGCAUUGGCUAUUGGUGUAGACAGGGAGGAUGUCCUGUGGGCAGUGUUGGGGUAUCAUGAUAUCAAACUACUACAGUACCAAAGUGCGCAGGACCAACAACAAUGUAUUAUCUCGUAACUAUGACAACUGAAACUGCAUCAUAAGAUAAUACAAAGCUGACUUAAACUUCAGCCCCGGAUAUAUAUCAUUGACCUGCAGAAUUAAUCAGUUCAACAGAUAUUAUAUAUCGGAAAUGGUUAAAAUUUGAAAAAAGCAAAUCAAUCGAUUUCAUAGAAAUUCAAUAACUAUCUCAUAAAAACAAUAAACAAAUAAUGUUUAACAAUAGUAUUGAAGUUAAUUGAAAAAACCCACCUUAUAUAUAUUAUUUGACUUU